AAGUGACCGAUUGCAUAUGGAAGUGUAAUACCUUUUGUUUCCCUAUUUAUUUUGUGAUAGCAAAAGCAAAAGAAAUCACUGAGUUAGCGGCGAGUUAUGAAAUGAAGUUUCUAACGACAGCGUUGCGGCGCACAACCUGCCAUGGUACCCGCCGUCUCCGCCCUUUCUCCACGGCGGCAGCGGCGGUUGAAGAACAGGAUACUACUGGCGGCGGCAUCACGAUGAAAGGUGUAAAAAUAUCCGGCAGACCUCUAUACCUAGAUAUGCAGGCAACUUCUCCGAUGGAUCCUAGGGUUCUUGACGCUAUGCUUCCUUACCAUAUCUCCCGUUUCGGAAAUCCCCAUUCCCGAACUCACUAUUACGGGUGGGAAUCGGAUCAGGCCGUUGAGGUGGCCCGAGCUCUAGUCGCCACCCUAGUUAAAGCUUCUCCAAAGGAGAUAAUUUUCACCUCAGGUGCUACUGAAUCAAACAAUAUCUCCGUCAAGGGAGUUUUGCAUUUUUAUAGAGAAAAGAAGCGACAUGUUAUUACUACUCAGACGGAGCACAAAUGCAUUCUGGAUUCUUGCCGUCAUCUACAGCAAGAGGGUUUCGAUGUAACUUACCUUCCCGUUGAGUCUGAUGGACUUGUUGACCUAGAGAAGCUUCGGGCUGCGAUACGGCCUGGUCAUACGGGCUUGGUAUCAGUUAUGAUGGUGAAUAAUGAAAUUGGUGUGAUUCAGCCUAUGGAGGAAAUUGGGAAAAUUUGCAAGGAAUUUAAUGUUCCUUUUCAUACUGAUGCUGCACAAGCUUUGGGGAAGAUUCCAAUUGAUGUAGAGAAGAUGAAUAUAAGUUUGAUGUCGUUAAGUGGGCAUAAAAUUUAUGGACCGAAAGGUGUUGGAGCUUUGUAUAUGAGGCGUAGGCCAAGGAUUAGGGUUGAGCCCCAGAUGAAUGGCGGUGGACAAGAGAGAGGAAUUAGGAGUGGGACAGUACCUACUCCGUUAGUGGUGGGGUUUGGGGCAGCUUGUGAACUUGCAAUGAAGGAAAUGGAAUAUGAUGACCAGAGGAUUAAAGCUUUGCAGGAGAGGUUACUGAAUGGUAUAAUGUCUAAGAUUGACGGGGUUGUUAUAAAUGGAAGUGUUGAAAGGCGAUAUGCUGGGAAUUUGAACUUAUCUUUUGCGUAUGUGGAAGGUGAGAGCUUGUUGAUGGGGCUGAAGGAGGUUGCAGUGUCAAGUGGGAGUGCGUGUACCAGUGCAAGUUUGGAGCCCUCCUAUGUGUUAAGGGCGUUGGGAGUUGAAGAAGAUAUGGCCCAUACGUCAAUUCGAUAUGGAAUAGGGAGGUUUACUACUGAGCAAGAAAUUGAUCGUGCGGUUGAUCUUACAGUCAAGCAGGUUGAGAAAUUGAGGGAAAUGAGCCCACUCUAUGAAAUGGUUAAAGAGGGCAUUGAUAUAAAGAGUAUACAGUGGGCACAACAUUAGAUUGAUUGUUACAUGAGCAUGUGGAAUGAAGUUGGUCCAGGUUCUUGUUCAGAAUAUUUAUAACAUGUUCUUGAGCUUCAAGGCUAUUUUUAUGAGUUAAGUUUCUGCAAUAACACACUCUCGUCCACUGUAAGUUGACACUGUAAUUGUGUAUGAUAUAGCCGCUGAGUUGCUUUAGUGAGAGGAUGUAGCAUCUAUUUGGUAAAAAUUAUGGGUGUUUCUGCCCUUGGAUUUUGGUUUCUAAUAGUCUGCUUGUGACCAUUGAAAAGCUUAUAUGAUUUUGACCCAAUUGUGUUUGCAUGAUUAUGUUAGGAAA